AUGACAGUCCUAUUUGCCCAGAAGGAGGGGCCUGACCCUCCGGCUCUCGCCUACCCUCUGUGCACCUCGCUUGGCUCUACACGCGCAGCCGGGGUUCCAGGCUCCGACACCUCCAGUCUGGGAGGAAUCCUUGACCAUAUCCCAUUUUGGCCCCCGGCCACCGCGCUGGCCCGCAAACGACAGUCCUUUUUGCCCAGAAGGAGGAUCGAGGAGGACGCCUACCAGGAGGAUUUGGGCUUCAGCCUGGGCCAUCUGGGCAAGGCAGGCAGCGGCCGCGUGAGGCAGACCCAGGUCAACGAGGCCACCAAGGCCCGCAUCAGCAAGACCCUGCAGAGGACCCUGCAGAAGCCAAGCAUCGUCUACAGGGGCAAAUCCACCAUCCGGGACUGCUUGUCAGGAACGGCCUCGAGCAUCGCCUUCACCCCCCUGCAGGUGGGGAGGGGGCUCAGGGA